CCAGCAGGUUUUUUUAUUGCCUAGAUUCGCCUUUGCUGCCGCACUGCACACCCGGCGCCACAGCCACUCCAGGCCCACCCCUGCGGCCCGCCCCUGCCAGCAGAGCCUGCAGCUCCCAUGGGGCCUCGCUCCGGGACCUCCUGCGCGGCUGCCGCAUGAGCAGCAGGGAAGUGAAAGCUUUCCAAAAGGUUUGUACUGUGCGCACGGAAAAGCCCGUAACGGCCGCCCGAGCUGGCGGCACUGCCGCACGGAACCGACGGGAGGAACAAUGGGCGCCACGGGCGGGCAGAGCGGCCCCCGCCCCGCCCCGGCCCCCGCGCAUGCGCAGGGGCACGGCCUGAGCGCGCAGCCACCGCACGGCGCAGGCGCGGCCGGGACACGGAGCCAAUGGCGGCACUGGGAGAGGCGCACGCGCCUUAGCGCAGCCGCCCCCGGGGCAGAACAGAGACACUUCCUGUUCCGGGUUAGCGCCCGCUCUGCCCGAAGAAGGAACAAGACGUUUGUCUUAUGGCUGUUCCAGGAAAGGUGGCAGCUUUCCGUCUGCCUCCCCUGCCAACUAUUGGAGAUAUCAUUAAACUUUACCGCCUUAAAGCACAGAAACAACUUUCCCAGAACUUUCUACUGGAUUUGCGAUUGACAGACAAGAUAGUGAGACAAGCUGGAGAGCUGAAAAAUGCCCAUGUCUGUGAAGUGGGCCCUGGGCCAGGAGGAAUUACCAGAUCCAUUCUCAGUGCUGGUGUUGAACAACUCCUCUUAAUUGAAAAAGAUCCUCGAUUUAUUCCAGGAUUGCAGAUGUUAUCUGAAGCAGCUCCAGGAAAAGUGCACAUUGUUCAUGGAGAUAUCCUGACAUAUAAGAUGGAGAAGGCUUUUCCAAAGCAUUUAACAAAGAACUGGGAAGACGAGCCACCAGAUAUACAUAUCAUUGGGAAUCUGCCCUUCAGUGUUUCAACUCCUCUAAUCAUCAAAUGGCUUGAAAAUGUUUCUAAAAAGGAUGGACCUUUUAUUUAUGGCAGGACACAGAUGACGUUGACUUUUCAGAAGGAAGUUGCAGAGAGGCUGACAGCUAAUCCAGGAAGUAAGCAGCGUAGCAGACUGUCCAUCAUGUCUCAGCAUCUCUGCACCGUUGAGAACUGUUUCGUAAUUCCAGGUCAAGCCUUUGUUCCAAAGCCAGAGGUGGAUGUGGCUGUGGUGCAUUUCACUCCAUUGGUGCAACCAAAGAUAGAGCAGCCGUUCAAGCUAGUAGAAAAAGUGGUUCGAAGCGUUUUUCAGUUUAGAAGAAAAUACUGCUUCCGCGGAAUCGAGACCUUGUUUCCUGAAAGUGGACGUUUGAAAAGAACAGAACAGCUGCUGCUGACAGCAAAUGUUGAUCCAACUCUGCGUCCUUUUCAGCUGUCCAUGUCACACUUUAGAAAUCUGUGCAAUACAUACAGGAAAAUGUGCAAUGAAGACCCAAGCCUUUUUGUGUACAACUACAGAGAAGAUCUGAAGCAAAAGAAGAAGACAAGCUCACUUAAAAGUACCAGUCAGCCUGAACAAACGGAAGAGGAAGAGCAGCUGUAACAGCAGCAGACUGAUUUUUCAAUUAAACUCCUUGAUCUACAGGUGCUGAUUCAGUAAAAGGAGGCUUAUAUAUUCUUACAUUUCUGCAGGUAUUGAAAAAUUACUUUUGAGAAAGUGGUUGGGAGAGAGGGCUUUCCCAUUUUAUUUAUUCAUUUCAUUCAGCUGCAGACAAAAGUGAAAAAACAAUCCAGUUACAUGGUACCUGCAGGUUCUUUUUACUUAAGGAGAAUGGCUGGAACACAUACCAAGAACAAGGUAUGUUGUGAGAUAUGUGAUUUAAGUUGGGAUACUUCUAAAAUAAUUUAGAUUUGUAUGAAUUGAAAGUGCAUUAUUGAAACAUAAGAAAAAAUAUUUUUCAUAUUUCAGCACAUGAGAUGGUGUUUGGGUUUUUGCAUUCUUUUUAUCCUGGAACAUCCUCCUGUGCAGAGUAACUUUAAAAAACACAAGCCAAAACUCUUGUAUAAAUGUACUUGAGUGACUGGCUUAAAGGAGGAUAAAGUGCACAGAUUGUCUCACGGUCUGCUAAUACUCUUCUCGUUUAUGCAAAGGCAAAGAAUUUGGGAUUUAAAGUUCCAACUAGAAAAAAGCAGCGUGAUAAAAACUAGAAAACAGGGCUAAAUAUAAUACUUGUUUGUCUUUUUACUGUACAGGCGGUAGAGAAAAUAAAAAAUACAGUCAAAUAAAAGAUUACAGGCCAAGCUUU